AGAAGAACAAGCACGCGCUUAUCGCGAGACUCCGACAAAGCGACAACAUAAAAGACGCAACAUGGUGGCUUCAGACAAAAUCUUGAACAGCAGGGAAAUAAAAGAAGAAAAUCACGAGUCAGGUUUGAUGGGCCCGAGUAUGUUAAAAGUCAGAAUUAAAGCGGACGAGGACCACAAUCUUAUCGAUCAGGAUCAGAACAGGCACAAGGUAAAGGAGGAGACGUUGGGCCCGGACUUUGUUGACCAGCAGCACUGGAGCUGCGGUGUGAAGCAGGAGAACCAGGAAUCGGACGUUAUGAACUAUGACCAGAACUUUGUAAAGCAGGACCACAUCAAGAGCGAGAUUAAAGAGGAAACCCAAGAUCCGGAUAUUAGCGACCAGAACAACAUCAAGAUCGAGCUUAAAAAGGAAACCCAAGAUCUGCAUAUAAGCGACCAGACCCACAUUAAGAGUGACAUUAAAGAGGAAACCCAAGAUCCGGAUAUUGGCGACCAGGACCACAUCAAGAUCGACAAUAUAGAAACCCAAGGUCCGGGUAUUAGCGACCAGAACCACAUCAAGGGUGACAUUAAAGAGGAUACCAAAGAUCCGGAUAUCAGUGACCUGAACCACAUCAAGAUCAACAUUAUAGAAGCCCAAGGUCUGGAUAUUAGCGACCACAACUACCACAGAGCAGUAAAUGAGCAGAACCGGAACCAGCAUCAUCGGAGCUACGACCCCGCUGAAUCCACAGAUAAAUCGAAACACGGAGGAAGAAGGGCUUCAAGGCUGUAUCUCUACCAGCAAUUUGACCAAACCUUCACCAGACCAUCAAAGUUAAAUCAUCGGAAGUUUCAUGCUGAAGACAAAACAUACAGCUGCGCUGAGUGUGGCAAAACCUUCACUGCAAGAGGUAGCCUAAAGAGCCAUCAGCUAAUUCAUACAGUAGAAAGACCGUACACCUGCACUAAAUGUGGAAAAGCUUUCCGCCGGACAAAGGAUUUGAAAGGCCACUCUCUUGUUCACACUGGAAAGCGACUUCAGUCAUGUAAACAGUGUGGAAAAGCAUUUUCUAGCAGGAGUUGUUUACUGCGACACCAACGUGGACACACUGGAGAGAAACCUCACUCAUGUGAACAGUGUGGAAAAGCAUUUUCUGACCGCACCUGUUUACUGAUACACCAACGUGUUCACACAGGAGAGAAACCUUACUCAUGUGAACAGUGCGGUAAAUUUUUUUCUCAGCUCAGUCACUUGAUGACACAUCAACGUGUUCACACUGGAGAAAAACCUCACUCAUGUAAACAGUGUGGAAAAGCGUUCUCUCGGAUCAGUACCUUGCUGAUACAUCAACAUGUUCACACAGGUGAGAAACCUCACUCAUGUGAACAGUGUGGAAAAACGUUCUCUCGGAUCAAUAACUUGCGGACACAUCAACGUGUUCACAGUGGAGAGAAACCUUACUCAUGUGAACAGUGUGGAAAAGCAUUUUUUAACAAAAAAAGUUUACUGAGACACCAACAUGUUCACACUGGCGAGUACCCUCACUCUUGUGAACAGUGUGGAAAAGGAUUCUUUUGUAUUAGUGAAUUACUGAGACACCAACAUGUUCACACUGGAGAAAAACCUCACUCAUGUGAACAGUGUGGUAAAUCGUUUUCUCGCCCCAGUAAUUUACUGAGACACCAACAUGUUCACACUAGAGUGAAACAUCACUCAUGUGAACAGUGUGGAAAAUCUUUUUCUCAUGUCAGUAAUUUGCUGACACACAAAUGUAUUGCUCUCAAGUAAAUAACUUCAUUUCACUUUGACAGAAGUAUAGUAAUAUUUUGCUAUGUCACAUGUCAAGGAAUUCAAGCGAUUCAAGGUAAUGAAGUAUCGAAUCCGAGCAGGAGAAACAGAAAACAUGACAGGAAAAGAAAGUUCAAAGUGAGGGGAAGAGGAGGAGGAAUCUAAUGAAACAUUUACAUGAUUGAUGUUAUGUUACACUAGUACCAUAAUGAUUUUCAUAUAUACACAUAAUUUUCUAAUAAUGUAUAUGAUUUUACUUUAUUAGAAUGUUUUCAUGUUGUUUACUAAUUGACCUGUUUUGACUGAUUUGAUGACACCAAUAGCAUAGGGUUGUUCUUGUUGAUUGAAAUGAUUUUUUAAUAAUUGUGUGAUGAUGUUUCAAUAAUAAUCAAAAUAAUCCUUUAUUUGUCAUGUGUCCCAAUGUCACAAUGAAAUUUGUUCCCUGCAUUUAAUUAACCAAUCCCCUGGAGGAGCAGUGGGCAGACACAGUGUGGAGGCCAGGGAGUUGGAAUAAAGAGACUUACAGAACCUAAAAAAAGGAAUUGUUGGUUAAAACCACAUCACACAUAUGGUUCCAGGACUCAAGGUUUGAAAUCAAAGACAAUAGAUAGCCUUAGUGUGACACCACCUUAAAUCUACCGGAAUUUCCCCUCUUUCUUAUCUCUUACUAGAACAGAAACCGAUUCAUAACUCAAUUGACAAUGCCUCUUUCUCACACUCCCCCAACCAGCCACUAAAGAAAGCAAGAAAACUAGGACUAAGAAAACUCUGGAAUGCAGACUUAUUAAGCAGGAAAAGACUUUCAUUCAGACACAAAGUUCUAAUUUGGAUGCACUGGAACUGUUAACUGUCAGGAAACCCACAACAAUGUGUUCAGUACACAUGUAGUUUGAUUUGACUUUGCUAACUCAACGUAACAAUAUGUUUGAUUGUUGAUCUCCAGGCUAAGUCAUUUUUUAUUGUUAUUGUUAUUUGCGAUUUUACUGUUUGUAUCACAAAAAUGUGAUAAUACUUUAUCUGUUGCAGCAUUGUCACACGAGACCUUGAUAACCACAUGUAUUUGAUUUUGUGUUCAAUCAUUUUAACCUUCACUUUGAUUUGAAUAAUAGAAUAAUCAUAGUAUGUUAUUUGUUUAGUUAAUGUGUGAUGGGGACUUUGAUCUUGAUGAAAAGAGAAAAUAAUCCAAAUUCAGGAUUAGGUUAAGUAGGAUAAUUUGAUAAAAUAAAUUGAGGCGCAACAUUAUCCUGAAGCCAAGUCAUUGACUGCUCAAAUCGUUCUGCCUGCAAAUUCAGCGAUGCCCAUAAGACAUAUAAUAAGGGAAAACUUUGUUUCAAGCAGAUCCCCUCUACUUCUCCUUAAGUUUGUUAGUCUUCCUUUUAUUCUUAUGAGGUCUCAAACUUUCUUUAUGGUUUUUUAAUUUUUGUAAGUAGAACUUCAAACAACCUACGAUUUUGUUUAAUUAGAAAGUAACUCACUAUUUUGAUUGAAUUAGUCUAAUUCAAUACUGACCAGGCCAGUUUUUCUUGUUUUUGGCUGAGAUGUACAGUAGUGCUGUUUUCUGGGACAACCAGCUGACCCCCCAACGUGACUCAGGUCUGCCUAUCUAAUCAAUAACCACAACUUGGACCGCAAACACCAAAAUUGGGACUGGAUUGCAGUCUUGGCUACUGCAUCAAGGCAGCACUUCCUGCUGAAUCUGGACCAACUGACACUAAAGGCGACCUACAGCCACAGAACAGGCAAGGCCAAGCAUCUCUUCUGGUGUGUGCUCUAGCUCUCUAGCUUUAUAUUACUUCCAAUCACCUAUCACUGUUUUUUUUUCUUGCUCAAAAUCAUCACACUCUUACCUAUUGACACAAUGUAUUUGUUCAUUUAUAUGCUAUGUGUAUGUUGUAAGUAUAUGUGUAUGUUUAUGCAUAAUUUGAUUUGAGUAAAGACGCCAGUGAGUGAA